AUGUUGUCUUUUAUUAAUAACAAACGUUUCAUUUCGAUUGCUAUUAUCCUCACUCUUAUAACAUUAUUUUCAGUCUAUUAUAUCAGUUUUCGUACGAGACAUUAUGAUAUUGUUGUUCCAAGUUUUCAAUUUAAUCGCAGUAAAAUUCCUACUCAUAUAAUAUCACCACGUAUAUGCUGUUUAAUAUUGACUUCACCUAACAAUUUUCUUACACGUACAAAAGCUGUCAAUGACACUUGGGCACAACGAUGUGAUCGUUAUUUUUUCAUAACAGAAUAUUCUCAAGAAAAAAUGACGUCUGAACAAAUUAAAUUUACAAAACAAAUACCUAUUGCACCACUAAAAGGUAUUAUACCUGGUUAUGACCAUCUAACAAAGAAAUCAGUAUUAGCUUUUUUAUUUGCAUAUGAAAAUUAUCUUAAUGAUUUCGAUUGGUUUGUCAAAGCAGAUGAUGAUACAUAUGUGAUUGUUGAACAUUUGAAAAAAUUUUUAAGUGAACAAAAUUCAUCAGAACCUAUUACAUUUGGAUAUAACUUUAAGGUUAUCGUUCCAAAAGGAUAUCAUUCCGGUGGAGCAUCUUAUGUAUUAAGUCGAGAAUCAUUACGACGAUUUUAUGAAGCACACAAAAGUCGAACGGCAAAUUGUCAAGAAGAUGGUGGUAGUGAAGAUGUUGUUAUAGCUAGUUGUCUUCGUACACAAGGUGUUUAUCCAGGUAAAUCACUCGAUAAACAAAAUCGUGAAUUAUUCCAUCCACUUCCAUUUAUUGACCAUUUUCGGGGUUCUUUUCCUGAUUGGCUUGCAUCAUAUGCUGAGAAUCCACUACAAACUCACUACGAUUGUUGUAGUGAUGAAACUAUAUCAUUUCAUUAUGUUACUCCUGAACAACAAUAUCUUAUGGAUUUUCUAUUAUAUAGAACUCAUCCAAAAUUAAAUAUAAAUAAGUCAAAUAGUUCAAUGACAUGA